AGACUGAAUGCCAUUGCGCAUGCGCAAUUACACGAAGAGGUCGGAACUGAUGCUGAUAUCUGGCGAUCCUCGCAAUAAACCGAGUUCGUUUGUAUUAUUAAAAUACAAUGGCUAAUAAAGAGCAGGCACUUAUUUUAGAUCCAGCUGGAGAAUUACGCUUCAGGGGUAUGUAUGGUGUUGUACAUGAUUAGGAAUUUGUCGUGAUUUAAGUUGAAUUCUUGAAAAGUUCAUUCAUUUAUAUUGGCCAAGUAGAGUUGCCUGUUCCGGUGCCGGAUGAAAAUGAAAGGAUACGUUUUAUAUUGAAAUUUUUGUGUACUUGUAGAGAUAGUCAUAUCAAAAUGUAAUUUCUACCGAAAUUGAAUAACUUAGCUUUCGGUAUGUUACUGUUUUAAUUUUUUUAAGUAUCGUAUUACUGAAGAAUAAACUUAGGAUAUUAAGUUAUUAAUUAAAAACUUUGCCUCAUCCCAAUGAUGCCCAGGGCCAAAGACAAUCCCAUUAUUAUUAUUUUUGUAACUUGUGGGCUAAAUUAGGGCUAGGAUGAACAAACGUCCCGUAAAAAGUCUCUCGGGACGCCAAAAUUUCCCAUUUCUACAACCAAACACAUUUUCACAUAUUAGUUAAUAAGGUUUUCACAAUGUAGUAGGCACUUGGAUACAAAAUUUUAAAAAAAUUCAAAUAAUUUUUUUAAUAGCACAGUUAGUUAGAGCUAAUUUCAAAUAAAAAAAUGAAACCAGAAUCAACUUUUUAGCUUAAGUACUUUUUGAGCUAUGAAUUUUUAAAGUGUGAGUUCGUUUGGUAUUUUUUACUAUGGACGAAACCUCCACAUCUUGUGACCUCAUUCCGCUGAUCGCGUCAUGCGCAAUGACUAUAUACUUUAUAUAAGGCAACGGAUCGCCUUAUCACUAAAAUACUGUUUAGGGUCGACUUAGUUUAAACUUUCAACUUUGGCACAUGAAUAAUUAAUUAAAGCUUUCCCUGACCAAUGGUAUAGUAGUUUUUGCACACGGCAAACUCUUAUGAAUGAAACUCUGAGGUAGUACUACGAUACAGCCGUUAUGCAAGUGGCUGUGAAUGGUUGCCAAUGACAACGUGUUGCACACGGUAAAUUCUGAUCAUUUAUAAUAUGGAUUCUACCGGGUUGUUAAAGCUCAAAUUAAAACAUUCCAGUUUAAAUGUCUUCAAAAUGCAUUCUGAAACACAAGUUAUCAAUUAUUUUGAUGUAAAUAGUGGUAAUAAAUUAAUAUUUCCUAAGUAUCGGCAACUUCCGCCAUUACAAAGGGGGCGUGGCCCACCCCAUGACGAAAUUAGGUUGAGCGAGCUGCAUGACCUGCUGCGAACGCCCAGAAACAUAGCGUCUCUCGUAAGACACUUAUCGCUGUGAAAAUUGGCAUACAUGUAGAUCAAUAGAUUCCCCAGAUGCAAAAAAAAUUUGGUAGUGACAAAUUUUUUCCUUCGACUUAAUUUUAAUGAUGAAAGUUGCCUUAUAUUUACCAAGGAUUUUCUCAAAGCUGACUGAUUGUAAAUGAAAAAGAAAUUGAUUAAAAUGUAGGCCAAGAUGUCUACCUAAUUAUAAGGCCGAAAACGGAACUCAAAUACAUAUCGAAAGUACUAAUUUAAUAAUAAAUAGACACACACAUCGGAAAAUUAAAAACUCGGAUUUUUUGGCGCCGAUUGCGAAAUCCCAUACACAAAAAGUAGUAGUCUCCCUUGACUUACCGAAGUACCUACAAUGUAGGCACUUGAAUACAAAAUUUUAAAAAAUUGAAAUAAUUUUUUAAAUAACACAAUUAGUUAGAGCAAAUUUCAAAUAAAAAAAUGAAACCAGAAUCAACUUUUUAGCUUAAGUACUUUUUGAGCUAUGAAUUUUUAAAGUGUGAGUUCGUUUGGUAUUUUUUACUAUGGACGAAACCUCCACAUCUUGUGACCUCAAUCCGCUGAUCGCGUCAUGCGCAAUGACAAUAUACUUUAUAUAAGGCAACCCAUCACCUUAUCACUAAAAUACUGUUUAGGGUCGACUUAGUUUAAACUUUCAACUUUGGCACAUGAAUAAUUAAUUAAAGCUUUCCUUGACCAAUGGUAUAAUAGUUUUUGCACACGGCAAACUCUUAUGAAUGAAACUCUGAGGUAGUACUACGAUACAGCCAUUAUGCAAGUGGCUGUGAAUGGUUGCCAAUGACAACGUGUUGCACACGGUAAAUUCUGAUCAUUCAUAAUAUGGAUUCUACCGGUUUGUUAAAGCUCAAAUUAAAACAUUCCAGUUUAAAUGUCUUCAAAAUGCAUUCUGAAACACAAGUUAUCAAUUAUUUUGAUGUAAAUAGUGAUAAUAAAUUAAUAUUUCCUAAGUAUCGGCAACUUCCGCCAUUAAAAAGGGGGCGUGGCCCACCCCAUGGCGAAAUUAUUUUGAGCGAGCUGCAUGACCUGCUGCGAACGCGUAGAAACAUGGCGUCUCUCGUAAGACACUUAUCGCUGUGAAAAUUGGCAUACAUGUAGAUCAAUAGAUUCCCCAGAUGCAAAAAAAAUUUGGUAGUGACAAAUUUUUUCCUUCGACUUAAUUUUAAUGAUGAAAGUUGCCUUAUAUUUACCAAGGAAUUUCUCAAAGCUGACUGAUGGCAAAUGAAAAAGAAAUUGAUUAAAAUGCAGGCCAAGAUGUCUACCUAAUUAUAAGGCUGAAAACGAAUUCAAAUAUAUAUCGAAAGUACUAAUUUAAUAAUAAAUAGACACACACAUCGGAAAAUUAAAAACUCUGAUUUUUCGGCGCCAAUUGCGAAUUCCCAUACACAAAAAGUAGUAGUCUCCCUUGACUUACCGAAGUAUCUAAACGUUGGCUGGGAAAACAGCCAAAUAUCCUCAAUUUAAAUCCUAGGCCUAGACUAGAGAAACUAGUAAAUGUUGAGGACGAUGCCCGGGGUUUCCCAUCAUGGCCACCAUCUUAUUUGACGCUCCACGUAAAGUCACAUGAAGUGUCAACUAAGUGUUAUGAAACGACUGUUCUCCCCUCCCCCUACCUUAAAUACCAAAAUCCGAAACAAAGAAAUUUCCUGUGGAGGGGUGACCCCUCCCAAUUCGAAAAAAAAAUCAGAAAACGGUUGAUCCCUAAACCUAGCCCAAAGCCACAACACAUGGAAUUUAAAUACUGUGGCAAUGGCAUUAAGUAUGAAAAUGAACAAAACCACCCCCCCCCCCCCCAAAAAAAAAAAAAAAAAAAAAAUUCUAAACAAAGAAAUAAUUAAAACUCAACUUACAGUUUCAUGAAAUACACUUUUACACACUUUAUUACACGUUCCAAAGAAAAUAAGGCUAAUAAUAUGCACAAAUGGGCCACAAAUGAAUAGAGCGCAACAGCCGGCAUUAGGCAUUGAAAAGAUGGUGGCGAAAAUAAAAUAUGAUAAUUAGCCAACCAAUGAUAAUUUAAAAUUAUAAAUAAUCAACCAAUUAAAAUUGUAAUACAAAACAUGUCAUCAGCACUUUCUCCAACAAUCAAAUAAACAAAGGGGAGUGACUCUUGCACAAAUAUUGAAUAAACAUGCAAAUGCCGCCAUGGGCGCGCAUGGGCACUGUUCUCAACAAUAGCCAAGAAACUAAUUUUUUUGUGUUGUAUAUUAUGUUGUAAAAUAAGUAUAAAUAAAUAAGUAUUCACUGCAAAAAUAUUGUUUUCGUUUAUGAUAUGCCUCAUAGUUUAAAUUAAGAUUUCUAGGUCUCAAAAUAGUUAAAGUGAGCAUAUUUCAGUAAACAGUUUCCGGCAGCGCCCCCGACCCCUCUUUAGCUGGAGGGUAUCCCUCCCCAAUCCCCUAUGGUCACCCUAGGCUAAAUAUGCUAAAUACUAAAAUUACUGAAACACUUAAUUACUAACACAGUGUAAUACACAUAGUCUAUACUUAACUAAUGUAAACCAAAAAGCUAAGCAAAUAUAAACAAUAAUGUAAGUCUAAAACAACUAAGCCUAUUCAGCGUAGAAAUAGAGAAGAAGAAUACCUACUGAGCUACUGGCAAUUCAAUAGGCAUAGGGCAUUUUCAUUGGUUCCGUGAAAUACGCGCACAUGACAAAUGCGCACACGAUAAUCGCGCACAGAAAAUUCCGCAAAGACAUAGCUGCGCACACUGAUAGUUGCGCACACCGACUAAAGCGUACAUGGAAAAUUGCGAACCUUGACAAUAGCGAAUCACAAACAAUUGCGCACAAUGUAAUUUUAAUAUGUAAUUGCAAAUUCAUAAAAGAGUUGAAAAAGUUGUUGUUGAUCAUCAGUGUAAAAGAAUAGUCGUCAAUUUUAAGUGGCUGGAUUAGAAAGAAUCAUUUUAAAUUUAAAGAAGAAAUACUGAUGUUUAAAACUAUACUCAAUUGACUCAAAGACUUUACACAAAUAUAAUAAUAUUAUUAGUAAUUAAUUAUAUAUGUAACAAUAGAUUUAUUGCACCAAAAGUUAAAUUUCUAUGUGGCAAAGAAUUAUUUCUAUUAAUAUUUGACAGUAAUGCUUCAUUAAAAUUAUUGAAAUAUAUUACUAUUACUGAAGACAGCGAUGAAGAAAACUGUACGCUUCAUAAGACUUAAUAAGUUACAUGAGAGUCAAGAGUAUGAUAACGGUAUGGAAAGUAUUACUUUUACUUUUAAAUUAUAGUCGCAAUAUCAAAAUGACAGUUAUAUUUUCGUCGUAAUGAAGUAUUAUAAUUAUAGCUUAAAAUAAUCGUCCUAAGUAUUUUAGUUUUUAUAAAUUAUAGUUUAAAAUAAUCUUCCUACUACUCGUAGUACCUAAGUAUAAUUGACAAUUGAGUGGUAUAUUAGACAUUUUUAAAAAAUAUAUAUAGUUUAAAAUAAUCUACUCCUAGUACCUGAGCCUAAUUGAGUUUCAUUAUAAUUAUAAAUUAUAGUACCGGGUAGUUAAAAAUAAUUACCUUAAGUUGUAGCAUAUAGAAUGCUCUAUACUCAUACACAUAAUCCGAAUAUCAUAUACUUGCGAUAUUAAUAAGUUAAAAAAAGAAUAAUAGUAGCCAAAAUCGGAAGGGUUGGCAGGUCUGCGAUUGUUUUACUUUAGUACACUCAGGAAAGCAAUCAUAAAAUUACCCUACAAAAAUUCCUGGAUAUUUCUACCAUAACUUAUUUUGUAAUUGUAUAAACUGAACUGUUUCCCUUAGUUUUUUCUCUCAGUGAAAUGUAUUUAGUCCUACUAUUUAUCAGCCUACUGUUCUAUUAUUUUAAAUUUCUUUGUUAAUGUCUUGGUGAUUAACUAAUGUAGUUGUUUUUUUUACAAAGUCUUUUAUCAUCAUCUAUGGUUAUGAAUAGUAUAAUUAUGAUUGUGAGUGUAAAUAGUGAAAGUUAUUUCCACCAAGGAGAGUUAAGACAGACAGUUUCCUGUUCUUAAUUAAAACAAAAGAGGAUUUAAGGAAAUUUCGAAUCCCAAUGGCUUUGAUUGAUUGAAUAUAUUUUUGUUGCACAAAUGAAUAAAUGCAGGAAAAUGGACCCAAUAAACUUUUGGUUUUCUACAACAAAGGGGAUGCACUAAUUAUAAUGCUAUAUGAUUGUGGUCUUGAAAAUGGUAGGUACUAAUGUUAUAAAAUUGUGGUCUUGAAAAUCAAUUUGUAAUGGAAAAUACUAGUUAGCAUUAUUUUCCUCAAGAUUUUCAAUAAAUGACCAUGGCAUCAUCUACAGUUGGUUUCACACGAUUAAAUGUUUUCUUUUAUUUAUAGAAAAAUUGUUUUUGUUUUGUCUACUCAAUUUUAAUCUAGCACAAAGUACUUAAUAUGAAUUUUAUAUAAUAAUUUGUUGAAUGUUUUCCUUUGAAACUUUUAAAAAAAAAAUUACUAUUUAUAAUAGUGUAAUAUUUUUAAUUUUUCAGGGUUAGCAUUUUAUUUAAAAUCUUGUAUAAAUUACUUGUAACUUUUUAAAACGAAGUUUAUAGUAUUAUUCACUUGAAAUUUUAAUUGUUUUGCAAUCUUGUAUACUGGUAUGUGCUAGAAAAAUAUCACUUUAAUUGAAUGUGAAUAUCAUAAUAUUCACUCAAAUGCAAUUUGUCUUUAUUUAAAUUGACACGUUUAUUUAUUUUAAAAUAAAUCACUUGAAAUUUUAUAUUUAAAAACAAAUGUAAAUUAAAUUCAAUAAUUUUAAAUAUGAUUUACAUUAAUUUUAGGGGCUACAAUAUCUAGAACUAUUAAAAGCCAUGACACAUUGAUAGCGUGUAUUCAAUAUUACUUUGUGAGAGAUCUUAAGAUGUUUGAAAGAAAUAACAUGCUUUGUUAUGGUUGCAGCAAUACUUUUUUUUUAUAAAUAGGAUUUUCUUUAUUUUAUUAUUAUUAUUAUCAUACAAAGUUAACUAGAAAUAGUUUUGCAUAAUAAAAUUAAGUCUAGAAACACAAUUUUAAACACAACAAUUAUUGUUCCUAUUAUACUAUUAUUGUUAAUUUUAUUUUUUCAAAAAGUUAAACAAAAAUAAUCAAUGAUUAAUUUUUUAUUGUUAAAAUUGGCCAGUCUUCUCUGGUAUUUUAUCUUAUCGUCCUCCCCAUCAUAUCCUUGUACGGCAGUGGCAACCAACACAUGCAGAUCUUCAUAUUUUCACUUUUACACGGGCUGUAUGUGCAUUAGCCAGCGUUAGUCUCUGACAAGCCAGAUCCCUCUGCAGUCUAUCAAAAAGAAACCAAAUGCUGGGAUGACUGCAUUGGAGUAGGGAAUUAAGAGCAUUGUGAAAUCCCUCACAGCAGUUUGCAGUUUUAGGUGAACGUUGAAAAGCUGCAUCAUGAUGAUUCCAUAUUUUUAUAGGGAAUUGGGGAUCUCUGCCUGCUGCUCCCUCAAUGUAUGUUGAAAAAAUGUAUGUAAGUACUUCAUUAUAAUUUUGUUCAUCUGGAAAUGUGGCGGCCAGCUCAGCAAAGACAUUCCUCACAUCAUGAACUGGGACAAAGGUUAAUGCAGCAAGAGACUUUAAUUUUAGUCUCAUAUUUAUAUUUGUUUGAAACUCUGCUUUGAGUCCAUCACUGUUCACUUUCCAGACAAGACUUUGACACAGAUGGAAAAAACAGCCUUUCACCUCACCAUUAGGGAAAGCUAUCCUCACUGCAUUCAUGAAGGUUUUCUCAAAAUGAACUAAAAUCUUUUGAGGUUCCAAAUUUGGGAGUAGCAUCUUCAUUAUUUCAAACAUUCUUUUAUGUCUCUAAGUUUUUUCUUUGUAAUAAAAUAUAAAGGCAUGGUGGAUAUGAGUUGCCCACUUUUGCAUGCCAUGUGUAUAAUUGAUAAAACAUGGUUGGUACUUUGUCAAAAGUGCCAUCGCCAUAUAUUGAGUCUUUAUUUAGUUCAUUUAAUAGCUCCUGAUCACCUAAAACAAGAAUUCUGUCUGGAUCAUCUGCCCCUGAAUCAUGAAGAACCAACCCCCUGUACUUCUCUGGAAUUACAAAAUUUGUUGUUCCUGGGUUAGGUAAUUGUCUUUUCUGUGUAUAUUUGAAGAUUCCUUGCAAGGGAGGAUUGUUUAGGUAUAUGGGCGAGUACAUCAUUACUCAACUGUGACAGUACUUGCCCCAUUACGUAUCAAGGGGUUGUACUAACUGUUGACUUCAUGGCUUGCUUCAUUAUACUUCUAGAAAUGUUGGCUACUGCUUUUUGGGGACAGGAAUCAUGACAAUGUUCAGUGGGUGGUCUCACUAUAGUGUCAUUUUUAGUCUUAAUAUUGGAAUGACACUUUGUAGCUCGAUUCAGCCAGCAUCUCCAAGUGAGCACCCCAUCAUUAUUGAGGAAAAAAAGAUAUUCAUAACCCAAGUAGGUUAAAACUUGGUUGCCGCUUUGACUUCCAUGACUGGGACUAUAAAAAUAAGAAAGAAAAAUAAGUUAUUAAUCCGAUCUUCUUACAAAUUAACUUAAACUUUCUGUCUGUAGCCAUGAUGAAGCUAAGUCAAAUUAUUUUUACACUGCAUGAAUAACAUGGCUUCGCUUCAUCACUAAAGUAUAAAUUGAUUGGGUCCUCAAAUAUACUUGUAGUUUAGUUGUAGCUUUUACUAAAUUUUAAGUGAAUUUAACUGGAGCUGAAGGGCAGCCUAGGGCUAAUACUUUGCAAUAAUAUUUUCAAAACCGUUAUAAAUUAAACAAGAUACAUUUAGGUGUGUACUUUGAUAGUUGUUUGACACUACUUUGAUUUUGAUUAGGCCUACAACUGCGAUUUAAUUAAUUGCUACCAGUCCUUAAGUUACACUUACACAUUUUGAUAAGCUUGUAUGUAAUUUUAUAUAUGUAUAACUUCUAAGUUAGUAUUAGUUAUAUAAAAUGUACGGAUGAAUGUACACUGAAAUAAGAUGAAUGAAACUUUUCCAUAAAUUAUAACUAUUUUGAAGUUUCUAAGAGUAAUUUAGCCAGCUUCCAUUAUACAUGUAUUAAUCAAUUUGUCUAAAAGUACAAAGCAACUUCUUAUAAAGUGUUUGGACUUUUUGGAAAAAUAUGUGUUUCUGAACUGUUAUGGCUAUAGUGAGUUAGAUGUAAAUUAAUUUUAAAAAUAUAGAUUAGGCUUAUAUUUUGUCUUGAAAUACUCACUAAAUAAACUUAGGCCUUAGCCUUAGACGGGGGAACUUGAAUUAACCCGAAUUAACCGGUAUACCAUAUUUAUAAUACUUUUAUAAAAUCAUGCUAUAAGUCUGCCUAUACAAGGAUACUAUCUAUACUUAAAUAAAAAUUAAUUUAUUAAUUAAAUACCAUUAAUUUUAUAUAGAAUAGCCUACAAAGGAGGCUAAAUUUAAAAUGUUCAUUUUUGGUGCCAAAAUAUGCAUCAAAAUUUAAAAUAACUCAUGUUAAUAAAUUAAGGCACGAUUUGUCCAAAGAAAUGGAUUGAUUUUUAAUUGAUAGGCAUAGUUAUUUGGCACAGACCAUAGGUAGGCCUAUAUUAACAAAUUAUUAUUUGAAUUUGUCAUGCCCAUGCCAGUGCUAAUCAUAGUCAAGUCAUUGUUUAAUAUUAAUGUUUAUUGGCAGUUAAAACAAAAAAAGUAACAAUUAUCGGUAAAUUAAAGACUUAAGUCACUAAAGGGAUAAAGGUAGUAAAAAAGAGGGUAAAGUAAGAGCCCGACUUCCCUGCUAAGUCAAAGCCUACAAACUUUAACUUGACUCACUUUCAGUUUUACUCGGCAUUUUUACUUACUUCACUUUAGCUUUAAACUUUAUUUAGCUACGAUUAAAAUAACAAAAUAAUUUAUUUAAAAUAAAUUAAAAUUUUAUCAUUUUAGAAAGCAUUUAUAAAUAUAAUAACCUUCCAUUCUCUCCAAAUAAUAAGGGAUUUACUUGAUUUAGUCUUAAACUGAAGCACUGAUCAAACUUGACGUUAAUGUUAACUUUAACAAAAGAAUUUGGAUCAAUGAAUGAGAUCGAGGUCUAAAAUAAAAUUAGAAUGAGGCUUAAAGCAGUUCGAAUAGUUUUUGAAUGUGAGCUAUAAUGCGCAGUUAAAAAAUUUUUUUUCGCUAUUUAAGUUUUUUUGUUAAAAUUAUUUUUAAAUUCAAUUUUUAUCAUACUGUCUCACUGAUUCGUAGACUUAUAUUCUUCCCAACUUGCCUUUAGUGCUGAUAGGCAACUGAUCUGAACCAUGUUAAAUCUAAAAGUGUGGCUUAAAUGAAAAUGUCAUUGAAAUUUGCGCAUUUGUGUGUAUUCGCUAUUGUCAACGUUCUCAAUUGUCCGUGUGCGGAAUUUUCUGUGUCCGCAUUUGUCGGUGAGCACUUUUUUUCUGUGUGCACAUCUUCUUUCUGUCUAUUCACCCCUUCGACAGCUUCGCUCCUCUGCAGACACGCGUAUUCUGUCCGUUCCCAAGACACACACUACAACAUGGUGAACAAUCUUUCUCUUUCUGCGCCCCCAAACAAUGGAAUUCUUUGCCACUACACAUACGCAAUAUACCAACCACCCAGGCCUUCAAAACUGCACAAAAAAAUAUCUUUUUAAAUUAUACUACCCUGACUGAUUCCCCUCCUCUGACCGAUAAACGAUCUUGCUGGCUGCCGUCCAUGGUUUGCCUUGUAAAAGUUAUGGGGUGGGGUGGGUGAAUAUACAUUUCUGUUCUUUAUUUUAUAAAUGUAUUUUAUUUUAAUGUCAUGAUUAUGUCUCUUUUGAUAAAAUUUUUAUGUGCAGCGCGGUGAGCCCAGCCCUAGGCUGGCGUACCGCGCUAUAUAAGACCCCAUAUUAUUAUUAUUAUUAUUAUUUGUGGAUUUUUCUGUGAGCGUUUAUUGUGUGCGCAUAUUUCUGGCAACCAUUUUCAUUUACUAUUUACCCUUAAAUAGGUACUUCAGUAAAGCAAGGGACACUCCUAGAAAAUUUGAAUCGGAAAUAGGGGUCGGUGCAGUGGAAUCCACGUUUUUAAUUUUUUUUAGUGAGUGUCAUAAUAAUACAGGAGUCCUUGGUCCCAUAAUUAAGGUCUGACUCCACCCAUUCACAUUAGGAGACAUGUUGACCUACAUUUCCAUUGAGUUUUUUUAUAUCAACUUUAAGUGAGGAAAAUCGUAUAUCAAUAAAAGGCAUCUUUCAACCUAAAAUUUUUAUAGAAAUAUUAAAAGUAGGUCUUUCAUAUUAAUUGUUGGUCUGCAUAAUAUAUUGAAGUAUACAUGUGCAAAAUUUCAUUGCGCUAGCUCAUGAAACAUUUUCACAGUUCUCCUCAACGUAGACCUUCUUGUGCAAAGGUUGCACUGGCCAAUUUGGAUUAGUGGCCAGGCCCCUUUUAAAUGGCGGAAGACACAGAUACUUUGCUUAGAAAAUAUUCAAUUAUAACCACUAUCUUGUAUAUAUACAUCAAAAUAUUUGAUGGCCUGUAUUUCAGAAUGCAUUUAGAAGACAUUUAAACUAGAAUGUUUUAAUUUGAGCUUUAAAAACCUGGUAGAUUCCAUAUUAUAAAUGAUCAGAAUUUUCCGUGACCAAAACGUUGUCAUGUGCAACCAUUCACAGCCACUUGAAUAAUUGCUAUAUCGUAGUACUAACUCUGAGUUUCAUGCAUAAGAGUUUGCCGUGUACAAAAACUAUUAAACCAUUGGUCGGGGAAAGCUUUAAUUAAUUAGUCAUGUGCCAAAGUUGAAAGUUCAAAUUAAGUAGUUCCCAAACAGUAUUUUAGUAAUAAGGGGAUGUGUUGCCUUAUAUAGACUUUAUAGCAUAACCGGUAUAAUGGACGCCAUAAAUUUAAUAAACAGAAAAGCUAUUUAGUAAAACAUUAUAUUAAAUUUACUGAUAUACGUAGUCCAUAGUUAGAUAAGCUACAAUUUAUCCAUAAUUGUAUAACAUCAUUAAAAUUAUUGUUCAAUACAGCAUUAGUUCUGAAAAUAAUAGUCACAUAAAAUUACAUAGCUCGUGGCGCCAAAAGCAGAAUGUGGAGAUGCUGUCCAUGUUAAAAAAGGACAAACGAAGUCGUACUUAAAAAAUUCAUAACAUUAAAACUGCAACAGCUAUGCCAUUGGUUUAUAUGUACAAAAUUUUAAAAUGUUUUACCAAAGUACCUACAGCCCUUAAAGGUUCUAUACAUGAUUGAAUUAAUGCACACACUUAAGGUUUCCAUAAAUUAAUGAAGUAUUAGCAAUUUAAAAACUACAUUGCAAAAAAGAAUUAAUUAGUUACCUAUAUUGUAGAGUUGUGACUGGUAGCCAAUGCUUUUUACUAUGAAAAUAAUGCAGUUAAACUUAAUUCAUUAAAAUAACGGUGAAUUAAAUCAAAUAACGGUAACCCUGAGUUUUGAGCAAAAUCAGAGUUAUCCUUGAGUAAUAUACAAAAUUAAAACAAUAGAAAUGUUAUUAUUUUUUUGUCAUCUAUCAUUUGUUUCAGGUUGUUUUUUUUUUUUGGUUGUUUUUUUUUGGCAUAAAGUAUUAUCAGUCACUGAGAUUAUAAAAAUCAAAUUUAUAUUAUGAAUUUUAAAAUAAAUAAUUUAAAUAAAUCUUUUAAUUGAUAGGUCAUGUUUUUAAGCUUCAAUCAGAUCUUAUAGUGUGUGUUUAAAGAACCCAUUUCAAAACAUUUCUGAUUUUGCUGUCUUAUGCAAGUUUUAAAAUACAUAAUUUAAAUUAAAAUUCAUUACCCACACUAAAAGGUCAGGUAAUAAAAACCAAAUAUAAGUUUAGUGACCUUCAAGUUUAACAAGGUUGAGAAAUAAUGGCAGAGGCACUAUAGGUACUGUUGCAUCUCAUUCACAAAUACCAAAUAUUUGUAAUAAGUCUUAAUUCUAGUUAGACAUUCAUUUUUCAAAUAACAUCUCAACACAUUUUGUGUUCUGAAAGGGUAAUUUAUGGAAAAAUUAAUGUAAAAGUUUAAUCUAGAAAUUAACAACACUUAUUAUUCUCCUUUAAUUUCUCAUCUAUUUCAUUAUAUAUAUAUAUAUAUAUAUAUAUUUAUAUAUAUAUUUAUAUAUAUAUUUAUAUAUAUAUUUAUAUAUAUAUAUUUAUAUAUAUAUUUAUAUAUAUAUAUUUAUAUAUAUAUUUAUAUAUAUAUAUUUAUAUAUAUAUUUAUAUAUAUAUUUAUUUAUAUAUAUUUAUAUUUAUAUAUAUUUAUUUAUAUAUAUAUAUAUAUGUGUGUGUGUAUCUUUUAUUGCAAAAAUGUUUUUUUUUUUUUUUUUUUAAGGACCUUUUUUGGUUGUUGUAAAACAAAAUUUUUUAUUANNNUUUUUUUUUUUUUUUUUGCAGGACCUUUUGUAGAUGUUGUAACAGCAAAUUUAUUAUUAACGAACCCUACAGACAAAAGAAUAUGUUUUAAAGUAAAGACAACGGCACCGAAGCGCUAUUGUGUGCGACCUAACAGUGGCAUUCUGGAUCCCAAAAAGGAAAUUGUUGUUGCAGGUAUGAAAUAACAUUGGGGAAAAAGUGACUGUUAAAAUCACAAAUGCAAUAUUGAUAGACAUAUAUAUAAAACUUGAUUCUUUAUUACUUGCAAAAAAUGUAAUAAUUUUUAUAAGGAUGGUUGAUCAUUCUAAUGAAAUGUGCUGUUUGUUGUAUAUACUUGUAUUAGAAUUAAUGGUAGAGAAUAUUAUUAAUAUAUUACUUCGACUUAACACUUGUUCUAUUUCAGUGAUGUUGCAGCCUUUUGACUAUGAUCCAAAUGAAAAAAAUAAACACAAGUUCAUGGUUCAGUCAAUGUUUGCCCCUGAUCAUAUUGGUGAUAAUCAAGAGAUAUUGGUAAGACCCAUUUAAACAUUUACUCAAAUACCUAAUUAAAGACAGCUGUGUCUAUGCACCCAAGUUGUUACUAAUUGUUAUAUUGUUUGAUCUUCUUUACAACUAAAGCUUCAAGCUAAAUUGUAGGGGAAAAAUUCAGUCUUGACAUUUUAAGUUUGUUAAAAAUCUUUCAGAAGUUUUUUUAUUAAUCAAAAACCUCACCUGAAAUACCUCUGUUCUCAUCAUUUAUAUAUCAUAAAUAUUUGUUAUAUUUUAUUUACUUACUACUUAGUCUUACAAAAUAUAUAUAAGCAUAUUUGGGUCAUUCUAUUUUUUUUUGUUAGAAGUCUAAUUUUGACAUCAGUAUGAAGGUUUUUGCUACAAAAGUUUCAAAAUUUAUAAAAAUUAAAAGCAUAUUCUGACACAAACCAUAAUCAAACAUUCUAUGAAAAAUAGAAAAAUUGUGUGCAUAGCAUAAUUUUAAAAAUAAAAUGCAGUAUAAAAAUUGUGUGGAUUGUAUAUAAUUUGUAAAAAAAAAAAAAAAAGCCUCUACAGCUUUGGAUAUCCACAAUAAUUCUUUAGAAAUUCUUGAUAAAAAUAGAAAAAUUGUGUGCAUAGCAUAAUUUUAAAAAUAAAAUGCAGUAUAAAAAUUGUGUGGAUUGUAUAUAAUUUGUAAAAAAAAAAAAAAAAAAGCCUCUACAGCUUUGGAUAUCCACAAUAAUUCUUUAGAAAUUCUUGAAUAAAAUAUAACUUGUGCAUUUUGAUAACUAACAUACUUGAACUUACACUAGCUGAAAUUAAAAUUAUUGAGUAAAGUUUCUGAUUUUGAUAUUUUUUCGAAAGCUUGUGCCUUUCCCUCAAAUCUGAUCUAUCUACCUCCCAUAUAUGCCUAUUAAUUUUUUUAUAAUCCUAAACUACCACAGGCUGACAAACUUCAUCACAGAAAAAUCACUGAAAGAGAGAACCUGUGAAAUAAAAAUUGGUUGAUAGCGAUAGUGUUACAUUUCUAAGGUUUUCUGGUAUAUUUAUUUUCAGUGGAAAGAUGCGCGUCCAGAAAGUCUAAUGGAUACAAAACUGAAGUGUGUUUUUGAGAUGCCGGAGGGGGUCCUUCAACAAUCAUUGUUAUCAGAGACAAGUAAAACCACUGAAGCUAUACAUUAUGUGAGUAUUAAAAUAGAAAAUUAACAAAUGGGUACCCUAAACCCAAACAUUUUUUUACACUACUGCACUAUAUAAAUGUUUUAAAAUUCUGUAGCUAAAUUCUGAUUAGCACAGACCAUCACAUACAGUUAAUAUAAUUUUGAGUGGUGUUAAAUUUUUUUAACAUUUGAAUCAGCAUUGAAACUUAUACCUAAUAAUUCUUAUAUUACUCAAAUUACUUUCUCUUAAUGAUGGGUUAAGUAUGUUUUCAGAAUAAAUAAAUUGUUUAAAAAAAAGGUUAGUUGAGUUCUGUAGACAUACCAGACCUGUUUACUCUUACAGCGUAUUAUUUUGAGAUGUUACGAUUGUAUGUCAAGACAUGUCAGAACUACAAUUUUAAGAGACAUGAUUGAAAAUGUAUACAUUCCAGUAGUUUUUCAGAUUUUAAAGAAGUACAUUUUCGGUUGGUCGUCAUUGUUUGUAUGUUUGCAAUGAGAGUGGAAGGGUAUGGUGUUGAUUUAGGAAAUAUGUGUGGGUGUGCCAGGGGGUGCCUUAAUACGUUUUCGAAAUGAUGGUAAUAUUGUUGCUUUCAUAAUGAACUAGCGGCAACAAUAAUAUAAGUCAUCGUUUAAAUCAAUCCUCGUCUUUGUUUGCUUCGGUGCUGUAUGGUGAUGUAAUUUUGUGACAUAAUUAUUUCUUUCAGUUGAACCCCAAUCAUCCAAAACAGGAAUUAUUAUUUAUUUUUUUAAGAAAGGAGAAUGCAUUUAAACUGUUACGCACAGCAACAUAAGAUUUCGUCAUACUUUAUAUAAUUGAGCGUUCCUUUAAAAUUAUUUUUAGAGUGCACAAUAAAGCUGUGCGAUUUUUAUAACUCCCUUUGGUUCCAACACCCAUUUACAGUUUGUGGUAGUUUUCAGACUAUAAUAUGUUAUAGGGAAUUAAUUCUUAUUUCAAAACAUUUUAUUUUAUGCUCAACUUCCAGUUUGAAGUUAAAUUUCACCAGCAACUUUAUUUUUACCAGUGACAGACUGAUAAAGUGAUGCACAUUUACUCAAAUAUUAAUUGAUAUCGAUAGCAGAUACAUGUUUGCAAAACAAAUCAAGCGCAGAUUUCAAUAUAAACAUCAGUCAUCUAUCUAAUUUUUUUACGACAGCUUAACUUGAUCUCACUCAACAUUUCAUGCAAAUAGUCAUUUUAUACAUUUUAUGUGCUUCGUUUAUUUAUUUACUAUUAAGACAUUGUACUGUACAAUUUUGAGACAAUUUUAUGAGUUUGAGGGUAGCAGGUCUGAAACACCUGAAAUAUGUUUGUAAGUUAUAAUAGACUUUAAAUUUUUAGUAAUCAGAGUAUAUUGUAAUUCCCCAAAUUUUAUUAGCCUGUAUACUCUUCGUAAUGAAUAAAACAAUGGAUGUUGGUUUGGCCGUAGCUUUCAGCAUAACGACAAUAACUAUAUUUUAAUAAUCACAAUAUACCUCAGUUUAUUUUUCAACAGUUCAUGAGAGAUUUUAAACAUAUUCUUCCAAUUUAUCCAGAUGCUAUUAUAAUCAACAUAAUAAAUAUUAAUACACCUUUGUUCUUCAGACAUCUGCCAUGGUAAGUUUUAGAUUGAUGCAGUUAUUUUUGAAAGUCAAAAUCAAUUUUUGUCAACAUAGUGAAUCCUGAUAAGCCAAGCUAAACCUUUUGCAUAAUCAGAAUAAGGGCUCAAUUUUAAAAAAAAAAGACAACUGAUGUGAGCUGUAACCUUUAUGGGAAUCCAUUAUUUUGUAGAAGUGUUACUUUAAUAUUUUACUAUAGAAAGAGGAUGUAGGAAUAUUUGCACCUGAAAUGUCAUGUUUCCUAGUUUCUACAUUACUUGUAUAUGAAAGCUGAAAUGUUAGUGGAUGUAAAUAAUUCAUUAUUUUUCAAAAUGGCUUCCCCAUGUCUUGUAUAAAUAUAUAAAAAAAAAAAAAUUCUAAUGGAAAAUGCUUUGUUUUAAUCAGAUCUUUCACAACAUUUACAUGGUAUACCCUUGCAACUCUCUUAAAAUCUCCUGAUAAAUUUUAGGAAAAGGGGAUAAAACACUUGAGAGUUAUACUUAUGAAAAGUUAAUGCAAUUGGUGGAGAGAAAUUUUUCAACAAUUAUUUAAAAUAAAAAAAAAAAAAAAAAAAAGUGACUAUAAUUUUACUAGAGGAAUUAAAGAGAUUAUUUUUUUUAACAAAAUAGUCUUAAUUUAAAUGAGGCUCAUCUACAGUUCAAAAUUGCUGUCUAUGGCUUAUGAGGGCACCACUUCUUAUGUUUAAAACUUCUUUAUUGGCCUCUCUUUACUAACAUAUAGUUUCAUGUUGUUUUUAUUUUGUUACAAAAUAUAUGCAGUAUUGUACUAAAAUAAUUUUAAAUUCAUUUGAGUAGUCCAUUGAUCCAUAAAUAGUUUUUAUGUUUUAAGGGGUUGAAAAAUUAUUUUUUUUUGGUUUGUGGUGGUGGGGGGAGGUUCAAGAGGUCACCAAGGAGGAGGUAAAGCCUUCUCUGCAAAGUCUGUUCAUUCUGCUGGCCCUUUCUGCAUGUCAUUUGUCAUGCCCGAUGUCAAUAUAGUGAUAGUACCUGUAACAGUUUUAAUUGAUAUCUCAACUAUUUAAGGAUUUAAUCAGUCAAGAAAGACUCGUUUAAUAGUGGUUGAAAUCUAUUAGAAAACUAUCCCUUGAAUUUUGGCAUCAGUUUCUUUCAAAUUUGUUGUUUGGGUAUAAAAAAGAAGUUAUUAUUGUCUAUUGACAUGUCUUCUAAUUUUGAAAUUUCAAUAAUGUAAGAUCUCCAUGGUUAAAAUAUAAUCUUGGAUGUUAUUUUAUUAUUGAAUAUCACCAAGUUGUAUAAAGCGUUGUCUACAAUUUUUUAUUAUAUUAGGGGAUUUCAAAAUAACUAGGAAAUAAUGAUUGCUGUGUGCAGUUAUUUACAGUCUAGUUUUUAAAUUUGUUUGUUUUUCUUAUCCACUAAUCACUAAGUAAAAGAACAUAAAUUGCAUUAAUCCAAGUGCAAGUAAAUAAAUUAAAGGUAAAGCAAAUCUCAUGCAUUGGAUGAUUAGAUUUAGAUCCUUCUAAAAAAUAGAAAGUUUUUGAAAGCUGCCAUUAUGUGAUUAUGCAGACGCCUACACUAUUAUUAGCUAGAAAUAACAAGCCAAACAAUGGCGGCGGCACUGCGCAAACCUCCCAUCUAUUAAAGCAUCUAUUCAAGUAAUGCACAUAUGAAUCUCAAUGAGUGUUGAUUUCUGAGAGUUUAUUUUAUGCUCAUAUUAAACGCAGCAUGACAGACAUAGAUCUAUAUCCAUACUUAGAUCAUUAUUAUUUGUGAUAGUGUAAAGUAGUAAAAUAAAGUUUAAAUAGUCAAUUACUGGUACUGCCCUCAAAUUCAAUUUUGUGCUUCAGAAAAGUGUUAGCUCAUCUUAAAUAACCAAGAGUAUAAAUAUUGCACUAUUUAAAUUGAUGGCUUAAUGUAUAUGUACUAGGGUUUUGAUCCCGAGAUCCCACAAAUUUUUUAGUAAACAAAAGACUUCCCUGGAAACUUUCUCACCCAGAGAAUACCUGGGUUCACACUUUUAGAAUACUGUAGAAUUUUUUUAAAUUCUUUAUUUUUUAGUAAAUCACAAAUUGUCACUACAAACCAGGACCUGUAAUAUUCUGAAACGUUUUCAAGUCACAACCACAUUCAUUUAGAAACAAAGUGACCUUUACGACAAAAUAUUGAAAAAGGUUUUUAAAUAGCGUAAAUUCUUGGAGAGUUAAAAAACUUGCCAUUAAUGUUACUGCUGGACGGGACCACUUAAAACUACUCUCCAUUUCUUGCUAUUUUUUCUUUGUCCUGUCUGCUGAGAAAGACUCUUACGAAACAUUAUGUUUUUGUUCCUGUCUUUCUUUUUCAAGCUUCCAUAUACCUUAUUCUUAUAUUUUCUUUUAAAAAAGAACUUGUGUGCUGCCAAACACCAGUCUAUGGAAAUUGGUGAAUUUUGACAAUACAAGAAAUAUAUCAGUGUUUAGACAUCAAAAAUGGGGAAUUUCCUAACUACCUGUACAUUAUUUAGUUAGUUCUGGUGCACACCAAACUGCAUUAUUCAAUGCUGCAUAGAAAUGGCUGAGCCUGUUUAAAAAAUUUAAUGGCUUUCUGUUUUGUAAAUUUAUGUUAACAGACUUGCUUAAUAUCACCGAAUUAAUGAAUAUUUUAUCAAUGAACUAUUGCUUUUAUGUUUCUUACAUCAAGUUAGCUACGCCAUGACUUUACCAAAAAUUAUUAAAAAAACAACUUUUAAAAGUCCAGUUAAACACAAAGCCAAGCAUACAUCUUUUGGAAUUCAACAAAAGAAAAUUAAUGAUAAUACUUUAAUUGAUGGUGCUGAAUACUCUAUCUCUUUAAGAAUUUCUGGUGGUACAUUUACUGCAAUUGGAAAUAUAGUUAAUUCAAAUAAUCCUGCCUUGUCCAAGGGCAGUUCUGUUAUAAACAUUUUGAAGUCACGGAAAAGUGCUUUUGCCGUCUGGCUUAAAGCAAAGGAGUUUUAUUCUAAUCCUAGGCAGGAUAGAGGUACUGUAGGCAAGUUUUUGGAACAGUACAUUGAUCAUAUAAAUAGUGUAGCUAAGGAAAUCGCUCCUCUUAAAAGCUUAGGUGCUCAGUUAGAAGAACUUGAAAAAGAAGAGUUUCUAAUAAAUCCAUUGCACCGCACACAAUCUGGGAGCAGCAGCAUUAAUGAUGUGUGGCCUGGCAUGAAUUCAGUAGACAUUUUGGUCAAACUCAACCCAUAUCCAGAUUCUUUUCUGGAGUUAAUGAUAUAUGGGUCAAUACAAGAUUUCCAGGUAUACUUUUCUUUUUCCCAAUAAUUGCUUCACAAUUAAUAGGCAUUGAAGUUUCUUUAGAAUGAUGUGUCAUUCAACAAUUAAAGCUCUUUCACCUCAGUAAAUUGCCAUUUUUCAAAUUAAUUAGAAUUUAUUUCUUAAUCAUCUACUAGUCUUGCAUGCAAAUACACAUUUUUUAAAUUUAUAAAUUUAUAUGAAUAAAACUAUGCAAAAAGAGUGGUUGGGUGAGAGCACUUGCUCCCCCCUCUAACCUCCAGUAAGUAUCUUUCUUUGCUACCAUACACAAAAAUUAAGCUGGUUAAAAUUCCCAGCUUCAAUUGUAAGUUGCUCUAGUAUUCAAAUUCUUGAGUCACUUUAACAAUUCAAUCCGAUCUUCGCUCUUAACUACAUUUGGUGUCCCCAUGUCUAGGCUUGUUAGGACUGAAAUUUUACACAAAAAUUUCAAAAAACAACAUAUUCACAAGUAUGUACAAGAAGCUGACAUUGCUUUUCACUGCAGCUUUUUCAGAAAGUAAAAAUAUUUUGUUGGUUAAUAUUUAACAGGAGAAUUGGAUGUGAUAUAUAUUUUGAUGCAAUCUUUUGAUAUUCUAUAUUAUUUGAAUAUCAGUAGCAGAUGUUUAUAAAAUAAAGAAUAAAAUUAUUCUUUGUCUAAUUUGUUUAUAUUCCAUACUUAUUCAACAAAACAUUUAAAAAACAACAACUUUUGACAGUAUAAGUUUAACCAUUAGUUGUAACCCCCAAAAUUAUUUCAUUACAGUCAGAUAGCACCUUGGAUGACCCAGCGAAUGCUAGAAAAGCAGAGUCUCCAAAGGUGAGCUUACACAACAUUAUUAAGAAAAUAAAGAUUGCAGAUUUUAUUAUUUUAAUAUAGCUUGUAACAAUAUGUUUGAAUUUAUAUAUUUUCUAUUCCACUCACCUCCCGUAACUGUCAAUGAAUAUUGCUGUCUUUGUUUUAAUUAAGCCUUUGUUAGCUUCAAUAUAGUGUACCAGAAGCAUAUUAAAAUUUAAAGAAAAAUUGUAUAAGUUUCUUCAUUAUAAUGAAGCAUUUAAGGAAAAAAUAACCUUGACUUAAUUUAUAAUUCUCAUUGGGUUUUUUUAAAUAAAGGCACUAUUUUUGCAAAUAAAUAAAAAUGCCUAAAUAUAACCUUUUUUACUGCGGCCACAAACAAAUAUAUGUUAAAACAAUAUAUGAUGUGCCAAACACUGAAUUUAAACUCUUAAAAUAAUAAUUUAAUCCUUAAAGUGACAUUUUUAAAAAUAUAAUUGAUAUUUUGGCAUGAUUUCCAAAUGUAUAGAAAGGGCCAUUGGUCAUUCUUACUUUUGGAUCAAUUUUUUAAAAAAUAUUAAUAUGUAAUCUUUUUAAAAAAUGUAUUUUUAAGAAACCAGCUUCAGCAAGUUCUACAGAGGAAGUAAGGAAACUACAACACGAAUUAAAGAAAAUACAGCAGGAACUCCAAUCACUAAAAAAUGCAAAUAAUAAAUUAGAGGUACUGAAAAUGGCCAUGUUAAUUCAUAAUUUUAUGAACUUUCAAAUAAAAAAAACAUGCCAAUAAAGAAAAUGUAUGAACCCAAGAAGUGUCGCAUAGAUCAUUCUGUAGUGAGGGAGCUUUUCAGAGCUUUUUGAGUGCCUUUAGAAAUAGCAUUAAAUGACAUAACAAGACCCCAAUAAGUUUAUAUUUUUAGAAAGGUAAAUGGAUGGGGAUAAAGUUGGCUAUAUUGCCCACCUUUAAAAAAAAAUUUUGUUCAGUGUCUUUGGCCUUUGAGUCCUCAAGGGAAAAAAGAUCAACAAAAUGUUUUGCUUUCAAAUGCUUAAAACAUCAUUAAUUUUUAUAGAUUCCAUUAAAAUACUAAUACAAAUGUGGUAGCCAAUUCAUUUAUCUGCCAGAAAAUGUUUAGUUUGCAAUUGAGUUACAAUUGAGCCUCUGAAAGCAAUUUUAGGUAAUUUAUUACGAUGAAAAAAAAAAAAGGAACUUGGAUUAUAGCUAAAACCAAGUACAACAUACAAAAUCUCAGUAAAAUAGCUAUUAUUGACUACUAAACAUUUAAAAAGGAACUGUGGAACUGAUUUGGGUUAACUAUAACAUUUUUUAGUUCUGAUAUAUAAUCUGUAGCUUCUGUGACUAAAAUUCAGUCAGUCCUUGCCCAACCUCCGAGCCUGGCUCGAAGUCUAACCGUAGGCCUACUUCAGUAUCACUAAGAGUACUAAGACUAGUAUCAGAUUCACUAGAAGAAGACAAACUGAGAUUGUCAUGUGGAAAGUUAAAAUCAGUAUCACUUAAAUCCUCUCCUAAAAAGCUUUCAAAAAUAUUUCUACUUGUUCUCAUAUGAAGGCCCAGUCAUAGCUUCAGCCAUUUUAGCGUUUUAAAAACUGGCGAUAUAGAAUUCCGAUUUAAAAGUAAUUAUUGUUAAGUUAUCAAAAACAGCUUGAUCCGGAAGAUGAUUUAAUUAUUAAUUAAAGGAAUUGGCUAUAAUUCCGGUUAAAUAUUGGAUUAGAAGUUGCUAUCAAACCAUGUUUUUUAUCGGCCGCCAACAGUACCAAACGAAAAAUCUGCCGAUUUUUUUCGGCUGACCACAGUUCGUGGGUUAACUUGCUUUAGUUAGCAAAUAACAUUUAAAUGAAAUAAGUAACUUGUCUUAUAUCAUGUAUAACUUUUUCAUAUUUAAAAAGAUUUUGUUAUUAUGUUAGAUUUAUUAAAAUAUAGUUCAAAAUUUACUAGAUUACAGCUUAAGUGUAGCUGCCACUCCAAAUAUAGUGAACCAAAAUUAUUUUUAUUUUUCUGUUAAUUAUAUUUGAGUUAAAAUUAUAUGUUGAGUUAAUUUCAUUUUCCAUUUAAAUCUUUCGCAGGAAGAAGGUGUGCGUCUACGCAAGGUAGCAAUGUCGGAUACCGUCAUGUCAACUCCUUCACAUCCCCCCCCAUCAUCACCUGUCAGUGUUAGGGCCUUUCCACCUGUGGUAUACAUUGUUGCUGCGAUCCUCCUUGGCCUCAUCAUUGGAAAAUUCUUACUUUGACAUGCAUGGUCGGAUUUUUUUCUUUCCCUCUUUUUCUCUAUUUUUUUUUCAACACUUGAGUGCAAGUGCAGGUGUGUGACCAGUUGUAGAUGUCUCAUGAUCUAGUUAUCUUUGCUAAUACUUAUUUCCUGUGAUCUUUACAAAAGAGUCAGUUUUAUGGUUGGAUAUUACUUGAACAAAAUUUCCGUAAUUUUAAUAUUCUUAAGCUCCAACGUAAAACAAAUAUUUUUGUGUAGGGCUUUAUUAAUAAUUGAUCCAUUGUCAUGUCAUUGAUCCUCAUGUGUUUAAUUCGUUGUUUAUAGUUUCAAGAAGUAUUAUCAUUAGCAACUUUCAUUCAGCUAACGUUAGAAUCAGAUUAAAAUUUUUGGAUAAGAAACUUUAAAACAGUUCUGUAUUUUGUUCAAAAGAUGUCUACGGCUAAAUUAAAUGUUCUAGUAGAAAUGAUUAUUUUGUUGCUUCAGUGCAUAUAGCUAGUAAAAAUUAGUUUAUAUUAUAUAUCUCCUUAACAUGUUAAAUUAAAGGAAUUUUUAAACAAAUAGGAAGUAUUUAUUUUGGUACGAAAGUUAACUGAAAUUUACUAGCUGGUCGUUAAAGAAAUGGAAAAGUUAGCUGGAUAUAUUUUAGUCAGAAUUAUUUAAAAAGGACAUCAUAUGAGACUGUUUACCUAUAUAUUGAAACAGUCUAGUGUAAUAUUCUUAUGUCUAACCGAGCAAGCUUCAGAAUUGAUCCACUAAUGCAUUUAAUGUUAACUUUUAUGUCGGAGGGUACUGUAACAAAUAGUGUUAAGGAAAGCUCUGUUCACUUGAGAAUGUAUAGACACAAAAAAAUAUUCACAGCUGUGAAGCUAUAGUGUUUUUUAUUUUCAAAAUAAUAUUGGGCAUAUGAUCAUAACUUUCUAUAAAAAUAUUAAUAGUAUUAUUGUGAUGGAAAUAGGAUACCAACUUAGUUUUCUUUUAAGGUAUGACUGGAUUCUACUAAUAUAAAAAAAAUAUUUUUGUUUGUUGUAUGUUAAAAUACAUUUUCUCUAUUAUAUUUUUAACAUCUUUUGUGUACUUUUCUUCAAGACAUUGCAUUCAUUCAAUAUUUAAAGGAUUUUAAAAGUGUCUGUUUGAAACUGAUUUUUUAAAAUUAUUAUUUUUUAAGAUAAAUAUUUCUUGUACCGUAGAAGAAACAUGUGAGAGAAUAUAAUUUGUGCAUUUUUUUAAAAGUAAGCGUACAGGAAAUGUGAUUAGUUUUUUUUUUCUCCCCCACAAUGCUUCCUGCACUUCAUGUUAUUAAACGAAAAUUGUGUACAUAUAAAUUAUUUGCCGGUAUGAUGAAAUUUGUUGUAUAUGAUGGUUUUAUUAAUUUUUUUUCUUUUAAAGAAGCUGGUGGUCUGUCCUGUUAAAUUUGUCAAUAACUAAAUCAUGUAAUUUUGGAAUCAUAGUCACUUUUUAUUUUGUGUAACAACUCUUAGUGUAAUUAUUGUGGACUAAAUUAGAUAAUAAGGUAAUGUUUGAAGUACAGCUUUCACUUGACGUCAAAGUCUUAAAAUAAAACCUUGUCCCUAGAACCUAGUAGAAGCUCUCUUUUAACAGAUUAACAUUUCCAUUGUCAAAUUGCUCCUAACAUUUCUAUUAUGGUUGGUUGUAAUAUUCUAAUUUGUUUUCUUUGAAGUGCAAUGUUGUGUUUGGGGGUGUUGAACUAUGCAAAAUGUUUUACUUGUAGACUAGUUAAAACAUGGAAAUGGCAUCAACAAUUAUACAGAAAUCACCUAAAAUAACACAUUUUAUUGUCGUUCUAAGAAAUCAGAGAACAGAAAUAGAUUUUUUUUGUAUUUGCCAAUUAUUCUGAUGGCUACAAAAUUAAUUCUUUGUUUAUCUUAUCUUCUUCUUGAUAAAUAAAGGCAGAUUAACGGUUUAUUGAGACCCAAUUUGACACUCUACAUUUUCUUGUUUCCAUUUUUCUCAUUUUGUCUGCAUGAGCACAUGAUUGUCUUUGGAAAAGUUAUGCCAUCUAUUGUUUUUUGGUGCAUUAGCACUGAUGAUAGUCCUAAAAUAUAAGUUGAAUUCCCUGUCCUCUUGUAAGCUUCAUAGUUACGUGCACAAUGAAAAUUGUUUCCUUCUUAAAUUUCUGUUUACUUUCUACCUGUUAUUUAAUUCAGAUAACACCUAUGAACAUGAUUCAGUAUGAUUAACAAUAUUUAUUAUUUAGAAAUUUUCAAAUUAAACUUACUUUAAAGUUACUUCCCAACAAGUGCAUGCGUCUGUUAUGGUAGCAGUGCUUCUCAAACUUUUCAGUGUUAUGGACGGGUAAAACUUGAUCAAUAUUGCAGCAGGGACACGCGCCCAAAUAGAUUCUUGCUAUUUUUCAUCUUUAACUAUUUGAGUACUGACUAGAACUGGGGGGUUUAUGGACAGGACCUGAGAAGCACUGUUAUAGCUUUGAUAUGUUUCAUGGCAUUGAUUUCCAUGGCAUUGGUCUGUUUGAAUAAAACAGGGCUUUACAUGCAUUGCGCAUUUAUAAUUUAAUUAUUUUUUGUUUCCAGUUUGGGAAGAGACUUUUCUUUGUCCUUAGUAACAUGAUCUAAUUAUUUGACUUGUGUACCUUUUUUUUUGUCCUGGUGCUGCUACAUUGGGGCAGUCUUGUAGCUGGUGAUGGGGGUCCUGCUGUAAUGUGAUGUUUUAUUGUGAAAAAAGCAAAAACAGUUAUGGUCAUUUGAAAGUGAAAGCAAAAAUAAUAAAUGAUAUCCCAUUGUGCAGUUAAGAAUGUUUAAGGCAUAAUCUUUUUAUGAAUGCAGAUUGAUUGACUUGAAGUUUAGCAUGUGACCAAGGGAUACUGACCCUUGUCCUGUGAUCUUGACAUGUCCAGUUAAACAAAAAAAAUCAUGCGAUUUAUAUGAUUAAAGCAUCACAUUGAGACAAUAAUCAUUAGCACGUUUUGUAUUAAAUUAUAUACAUAGCUCAUAGGAAAAUAAUGUAUCAUGCCAAUACUCAUAAUUGCUUACAAAUCAUCUAAUCUGAUGACCAAUAUAAUGCCCCAUUUCUACUAUUAUUGGCAAGUGUUAAAUGAUGUGGGAUACCAUACAAUUGGCUGUUAAGGAUUUGUGUGUUUCUGUUUUAUAUGACUUUAUAACACUUGCUAAUGUAAUGUAAUGCUAUUCCCCUAACUAUUCUUCAUCAUUUUAAUUUUAACCUGAAAUUUCACAUAUUUCAAAUAAUAUCUUUAAGAUGUUUAUUUAAAAUUAAACUACUUCCUGUGUCACUCUUCACACAGUUCCAUUGAGUAUGAUGGAGAACAGCCAAGAACAUGAAAUGAGUGACAUAGAUAAUAAUAAAAUACUAGGACUAUCAGAAUGCUUAUUCAGAGCUCCUGAAUGCUAGUAGAGCAGUUUCAAUGUUUGUUUCACUUUGCAUAUGGAUAUCUUGUGUUGUUCAACUUCUCUCAUAGAGGGCUGUAACUUUGACUUGUAGUUAGAUCAUUUUUGUUCCUUUAAACCUAUUUAAUUUAAUACAAAUUUCAUAACUGGUCCUCACACUUUUUUAUUGACCAAAAGAAAAUAGUUAGAGCUUUUGGCUUUGAGAAUGCACUUGAAACACCUUUAAGUAAAAAUAUGUGUGCUGUAGCCUUUUAAUUAUUGCCAGUACCCAAUUUUCACAGUUUCAGGUAAUGUGAUUGUCCAGAAGGGAAGAGGAAAAUACCACUACUGUCCUGUUUUAUUUAACCAAUGACUAGGGUACUAUAACAAUCAUUUGUUAUAUGCCAUAUGAAGAAAUGUUUAGUGUAAGUUGAUUAUUUGGAGAAUAAAAGAAAAUUGUAAAAUG